AUGGAGUUUCUACCUCCAUAUUUUGAGCAUAUUCAGUUUCAGCAGUACCAGCAUUGUCAACAGGGUAGUCGGUCUGUCCAUGAAUACACUGCGGAAUUCAUGAGACUGGCUAAGAGAAACAACCUCCUUAAGUUAGAAGGACAGCAGGUUGCAAGGUAUCCAAAGGUUCAGGCUAUUACACUGAUGCUCGGUGAUAGUGAAUCUCAUGCUAUUGGACUCAGAAGACGAAUCACACGGAGGUUUAUUGACACGCGUCCAAAAAUGCGUGUGAUCUCCCGAGAUGAGGGACUGGAUCUCUAUGAGGACAUGGUUCUCGAGCGAUCCUUCGAGGAUAUGUGCGCGCAAAUGUACUAUCGUGGCAAGAUGUUUGGAUUCGUGCAUCUGUACAAUGGGCAGGAGACAGUGUCAACCGGGUUUAUUCGGUUGCUGGAGAAGAAGGACUCAGUGGUAAACAUGUACCAUGAUCAUGUCCACAAGCUGAGCAAGGGUGUCCCUGUACGCGAAGUCAUGGCCGAGCUCUUCGGGAAGACUGGUGGCUGUUGCCAUGGCCAGGGCGGGUCCAUGCAUAUGUUCUCCACCGAGCAUGGGGUCCUUGUUGGCUUUGCCUUUAUCGGCAAGGGCAUCACUGUUGCCACUGGCGCUGCCUUCUCCUCUAGGUACUUUCCUUUUCAUGUUUCCCUUUAG